UGUCUCUGUCUGUCUGUUUGUCUGUCCUGUCCUGCCAGUCUAAUACUCUAGGUUAUGGUUAUUUAUUUAUGUGAGUUGUGAGUGAAGUUGUGUUGUGAGCGAUUUGAUUGUGAUAAAUAAUUAAUCGUUACGGGAACUGAACACGUGAUUAAUUAAUGAAUGUUUUAUAAUAGGCUACCUAUGCUAGUACAGCUGAAUUCUUAUUUAUAAGUAUUUAAAAGGAUUUCAAUGAUUAUACUUUGUUUUUAACCGACUGUUUUGUUUACUUUCGUAACUUAUUAUUUUAUUCUGAUGUUAAAAUUUCGUAGUUAAUUUUACUUAACUUUUAAACACUCCUUCCAACAGUCCUUACGUUACUUAUUUUGUAAAAAAAAUGAGUGUGAUGUAUAGAAGAGUUCUGUCUCAGUCAUAUGACAGACUCCUAUCUCACACAAGAUCAACCCAUAAUAAGCUUCAAUUUAGUAGUUUUCAUUUUCAAUCAAAUUCUUCUUCUAAGCCAGCUCUUGGCUUUUUAAUUCAGUUCAGAAACUUUUCCCUUACCAACAUCAAUACUCUAAGAAUGCGAUUUGUCCAGUUUAAAGCUUUAAAAGGAGGUCCCCAAAGAUUAGGAGUUCAAUUAUCUUGUGAUGGUGAUAUUAUAGAUGUAAGUGGGGUUGAUCACUCUAUACCAAAUAAUCUUGUCCAGUUUCUUCAGAGUGGAACAUCUACCUUGGAGAAAGCGAAACGAAUUGUAGCGGCAGGUAAAUCUGUGACAUCCUUGUCUGAAGUAGAGCUGCUAGCCCCUGUGACCAGACCAGAUAAGAUCCUAUGUGUGGGACUCAACUACAAGGCUCAUUGUGAUGAGCAGAAGAAACCAUAUCCCGUGGAACCUUUUUUCUUUAACAAGUUUCCAAGCACUAUUGUCAAUCCCAAUGGAAAGGUCACUCACCCACCUAAUACAACAAAACUAGAUUGGGAGGUGGAACUGGCAGUGGUUAUGGGGCGUGAGUGUCGCAACGUGCAGGACAGUGAAGCCCUGGACUAUGUGUUUGGUUAUACAAUAGCUCAGGAUAUAUCAGCCCGUGACUGGCAGUCACCCAAGAAAAACAACGGACAAUGGCUGUUUGCCAAGAGCAUGGACACUUUCUGUCCCCUCGGGCCUGCCGUUGUCAUAAAAGAGGCUUUUGGCGCGCCGAGUGGCAAGAGCAUCAAAUGUUCCAUCAAUGGCAGUUUGAAACAAGACUCCAACACAGAUGAUCUCAUACACCCAGUUCAGCACCUCAUUGCUUUUCUAUCCCACUGUGUGACACUUCAACCCGGAGAUGUGAUUCUAACAGGAACACCUGGAGGUGUGGGGCUCUAUUCUCAGCCUCAACAGUUUCUAGCAAGAGGAGAUGUGAUUGAAAGCGAAAUCAAUGGAAUCGGGAAGCUGGUGAACACUGUGGCAUGAUUCUGGUGUAGUAUCACUAUUGUAGAGAAUAUUUUCAGUUAGCAACCUAUACAAAGAACUGAUACUUGGUUGUGUAAUGGCAUCUUCUCAAUCUUUUUUAAGUUUACUUAGGUUGUCAUGGUGUCGUGUUUUUCACUGUUUAUUAGUUAUUGUGAUGAUGGUCAAGUGAAACUAUACAGAGGCAUUUCAUCAUAUAGUAUUUUAAGAAGCCGUUCCUCAUAUGUACAAAACUUAAUAACAUUACAUUCCUUGAUUUAAAAUACCUCGGUUAUUUUUACACCAAGUAGACUCCUACAAUCUGACACCAAAGAGGGAGCUCUCUCAUAUUGAAGUAGUACUCACUAAAAAAACUAAUGUUAUUUAAAUAGGAAAUAAAUCUACCAACAGAAUAUUUCAGUGGAAAUCAGUUAAAUGGAAAUUCCCUUAGUCAGCAGGUUUACUGCGGCGAGGGUAUUUUAAAUUAGAAUUGUGUUUAUGAUUUAGGCUUACUUUAUUUGUUUUCUAGGUUGUAUUCACUAUAUUUUUGUAUUAAAUUAUUUCCUGUAUGCUAUUUCCUGUAUUCCUGUGUGCUAAUUUGUAGAACAUCUAUCAAAUGUUGUUGUGUAACUCUAUGAAGGCUUUUGAAAAAUAACUACAGUAGACGAUAUUUUCUGGGAAUGUUAAAUUUAAUUUAGGCUCAAACAUCGAAAGGACUUUGGUUAGUUUUGUUUACAGAUUAGUUAUUACCUCAAUGUACAAUUUCAUUAUCAACUCAAUAUGAGACUAUCAUAAACAACGGAAAGGUGAAUAUGCUAAGCCUUCUUGUGAGCAUAAGUCAACUUACUGUUCGACUGAAGUAUCUACAUUCUAAUCUUUCUUACUUUUCAAUAAAAACUUAAUUUGAAUGUUAAAUUUCAAGUUACUUAAAUUUAAACUCAUUCACAGAAAUAUUGCUCUUCAAUGAGAUAUUUACUCAUAAACACCAUGUCAGCAAUAGAAAAUCAGGAUAAUAUUUUAUGGAAUUUAUUACAUUCUUUUGAUUUUUUGCCAUUUUUAGAUUGUGCCAUGACCCACAUUUUAAAGGUAAUAUGUUUAUUUAUUUAUAAAUUUUCAGUAUAUUGCCUAAUUUGUUUCAAAGUAUGACAAAGUUUACUUAGUAUGAAAAUGGAACCAAUAUUUCCGUUAGUACCUUGACACAAAUAGAAUAGUUUAUAGAAACCAAAAUAGUAAAGUGAAUAUGUGAGAAUACCUAUGUUUUAGUACUUAAGGUAUAUACAAUCGAUACUAUCUGGUAGUGGACCUUACUAAGAUGCCUUAUACAGAAAGACUGAUUAAAAAAUAUGUAGCAUGAAAAUUUACUGAGUAUGUAGUUAUAGACUAAUUAUAGCAAUACUGUAUUUCCAACCCCUCCUGCCAACAUGUGUUGACUAAUGAGUAUAUACUAAACCACAUUAAAAAUGAACAGUUGAGAGUUGAGACAAUACAUUACUUGAUUUGGUACUUUAUUAAACUUGUUAUAGGGCCUGUCCAGAAAGUAACUGAUAUUUUGAAAUAAAAUAUUAACAAAUAAACAACAAAUUAUUGUAUUCAUUUUAAAGAUAAAACCUUGAGCUCCCUUUUGUUUGGUUGACAUCUGCAUUUAUCAUACUAUGGAAGAAGCUAUUUUAUUCUCUGCAUGGAUUAUACUGCUUGCAGUUUCGGCCACUUAAUUAUUCUGAAUUAUGCAUUAUGGUUGAAAUAAUCUUGGGGGAAAAGUAUGCAUUAGGGUUGACAUCGUUUUGGGGAUAAAAGCUGUGGACUUGAAUUUUAUGAACUGCACACCAUUUUGUAAAAUUUCAUAAAAAUCUUGUUUGAGUUCUGUAUUACAUGUUCUGCUGCUUCUUUAUUUUAUAACUACAGUAGUACAUCAGAUACAAAAUUAAGCCUACCCAUGUGCAGUGCUUUAACAUAAAAUUCAAUAUCUAUUUACAUGGUAUUCAAUUGGAUUCAACAUGUACUUCCUUCCUAAUUGUUAUUUCUGAUGUAAGGUUAGUUAUGAUUUUUUUACUACGGCAACUACUUAACAAACAUUCUUCACUACUGGCGUGAUUUAUUUCAAAGCUCAUUUUGUCAGCCCACUACAGACAAAGUAUACAGUAGCAAGUUGUAGCACUGGGUAUCACAGCUGGAUGUAUAUUGAGACUAGACGCAAAGUUAGACCAAUGUAUCUCUUACUUCCGUUUUCAUUUUAUGUUCUCUUGUAGUACAUUGUAGUGUCA